AUGGCCAUGGAAAUGGCGUAUCCAAACUGGACGGCGGAUGUGCCUGAUAUGUACCAGGUUUACGGAAACAGCGGGAAUACCAGCGAGAUGCCAGUGAUCAACGUGUGGAGCUGGAACCUGGGUCAGCAAAUGGCUGUGCUGCGACAGCUGGUGAAUCAGUACCGAUACAUAUCGGUCGACUGCAAGUUCCCAGGCCUGAUCUCCCGUCCCGUGGGCACUUUUCAUUCCACAAGUGAGUACCACUUUCAAACGCUGCGCACGAACGUCGAUAUGGUAGACGUUAUCCAGAUUGGACUUACUCUUACCGAUGCCGUAGGCAAUGUUGCUCCUGGAAGCCCGGGCACAUGGCAGUUCAACUUUAAAUUUAAUGCUCAGCAGGACAUGUGUUCUGCUGAAAGCCUCGAAGUGCUGGGUCAGAGCGGAUUCGAGUUCCAAAAACAUGAACAGGAAGGUAUUGAUGUGUUUGCUUUCGCGGAGCUCUUACUGGACUCUGGGCUGGUUCUCAACGACCAAAUCACCUGGAUUUCGUUCCAUGCUGGCUACGAUCUGGGCUACAUUGUGUCUGCAAUGCUCAACAAGAACAUCCCCGUCGAACGCUCGUUGUAUCUGUCGCUAGUGGGUCUCUACUUUCCCAACGUGUUUGACGUGAAAACGCUGAUCAAAAAAUACAAGCUCAGCGACAAAAACGGGUUGCACGACGUAAUCCAAGAGUUUGGUAUUUAUCGCGGGUCGUCUUACUGCCUCGCCGGGGCAGACUCACGUCUCGUUGCCUUGUGUUAUUUCGAAGUGGUUCGACUGAUUGGAGAAAACAACGCCCGUGCCGUCAAAAACUGUAUCUUUGGUCUUCAAGAUGACAAAAAAGAUGAAGACGACAUAUAUAAUCGCUAUUUCCAUCGAUGA